AUGAAGACGGUUUUAAUUUUGCUCAGCAUUUUGGGAAUGGCCUGUGCUCUUUCCAUGAAAAAUUUGCAUCGAAGAGCCAAAUUAGAGGAUUCUGAAGAAAAUGGGGUAUUUAAGUACAGGCCCCGAUACUAUCUUUAUAAGCAUGCCUACUUUUAUCCUGCUCUAAAACGAUUUGCAGUUCAAAGCAGUAGUGACUCAUCUGAAGAAAAUGGAAAUGGUGAUAGCUCAGAAGAGGAGGAGGAAGAAGAGGAGACUUCAAAUGAAGAAGGAAACAAUGGAGGGAAUGAAGAUUCUGAUGAAAAUGAAGACGAAGAAUCAGAGGCUGAGAACAGCACCCUUUCCACUACCACACUUGGCUAUGGAGAGGAGAUUACACCUGGAACUGGACACAUAGGUCUAGCUGCCAUCCGGCUUCCCAAGAAGGCUGGGGCUACAGGAAAGAAGGCUACAAAAGAGGAUGAGAGUGAUGAAGAAGAAGAGGAAGAAGAAGAGGCAGAAGUGGAUGAUAAUGAGCAAGGCAUAAAUGGCACCAGCAGCAACAGCACAGAGGCAGACAAUGGCCAUGGCAGCAGUGGUGGGGAUAACGGAGAGGAAGAAGGCGAAGAAGAAAGUACAGAAGGAAUCACAGUGGCUGGGGAGACCACUACUUCUCCAAAUGGCGGGUUUAAAUCUACAACCCCACCCCAGGAGGUCUAUGGGACCACCCCACCACCGUUUGGGAAAACCACCACCCCUGGGGAGUAUGAACAAACAGGCACCAACGAGUAUGACAAUGGGUAUGAAAUCUAUGAAAGUGAGAAUGGAGAUCCUCGUGGGGACAGUUAUCGAGCCUAUGAGGAUGAGUAUAGCUACUAUAAAGGGCGUGGCUAUGACAGCUAUGAUGGUCAAGAUUACUACAGCCACCAGUGA